UUGACAGAUAUAAUUUAGCGAUUAUAAAUCGAAUUCUGUUAAUAAAAUCAGAAAUAACUGUUACUAAAAUGGAAACAAGUACUGUAGAAGGGGAAGAUGAAUAUAAAUCGACAAGAACUUUCAGUGAAGAAACAACGGUACCCGAAAUACUUUCAAGCGCUGAGAAAUUGACACUAUUUGAUUUCGCUAACAUAAAUAAGACCUUUUCUGAAACAGAAAUCAUACGCACGGCCUCAGAUAUCUGUCGAAUCAACUAUCUGAGGCAGCAAGAUAGUAGCUUAUCCGCGGAAAGUAUUAAAGUUCGCAAUGACCUUCUUUUUGGACAUAGAACUCCUUCACAAGAAUCAGUUGCUCCACAGACUAAGGCAGUUGAAGAAAUGGUCAAAGAACAGUACUUUCCUCACGUAACGAAUUUGAUGAAUGAAGACCAAUUUUGGGGAUGUUUUUAUCCAUUUUCGGAAUUAUAUUCCGACAUGUAUUCCCCCGUGGUGCGUGUGAAGAAACCAGAGGACGUGCCGGAAGUACCGGGAGGUGUACUGACGCACGAACUAGUUGGAGCCUGCCUCAGCUAUUUGAAACGAAUCCCAUUGUUAGGAGACUUUGUUUUUAUAAAACUGGAUCUCUCAUCAAAGACUCUAACAAAUAUCGAUAUUCUUAAACAAUACAAGUUUUUGGUAUAUCUCGAUCUGUCGUCGAACUUCUUAACGGAUUUGUCUGUUUUAUCUUACUUGCCAUAUCUGCAGUAUCUCUCCGUAUCUUUUAACAGACUGAAUACUGUUCUUAACUACGAAACUCCGCAAUGGUUUUUAACUGAAGUACAUUAUAAAUACAAUUCAAUAAUAAGAAUAAGAGACCUGAGUGAGUUUUGGUCGAUCACUGUCUUGGACUUGUCGCAUAAUAAUAUAAAACGUAUCAGUGGAUUUGAAAAUCUAAGAUAUUUACGUCAUUUAGACUUAUCCUUUAACCACAUACAGAGACUCGAAAAUUUAAACCACCUCAGAUUGUUGUGGUUAGAUCUGUCCUACAAUAAUAUAUCGAGCUUUGAGUUCAGCCAAAAUACCGGCCUAUGGACCCUUCUGGAUCUUAAGUAUUUGAAUAUAAGCGAAAACAAUCUGAUAUGUAUGAAGAUGUUUUCUGGCUGUACCAGAUUACGUGAAUUGUACGCGCGGAACAACAGACUCGGUGUACUUCUGGAGUUGGCGGUGUACCUCCGUCAGAUGCGCCGCCUGAUCAUCUUGGACCUGCGAUCCAACCCCGUAUGCUCUACUCCUGGCUACAAGGAUGUCAUCUACAUUUCCUUUCCAAAUCUCAUCAAUCUUGACGGCGAAGCCAUCGACCCUAUUGAACAGCAAUAUUCAAAAAUUCAAAUGAUGGCUGACGUGAGAAUAUUCGCUUCGCGUCGUUUACUCCGACUAUUGUACAUAGAGCAGCUAUCGAAGGCUUGCGUGUCGCCUUUCACACCUCCGGCUGAUACCACGGACGUUCCCCUGGUAGUCAUUGUGGGCUACGAUGCUGUUGGUAAAAGUACCCUCGCUCGACGUCUCGUCAAAGAAUGCAGUUCUAACAUAGAAUUAGGACGACAACACACAACAGCAACACACCACUACUCCGAUCACUAUAUAACUGUGACGAGGAAAAAAUUCGAUGAUAUGAUAAUUGCUGGAGAGUUCCUGACUUACAGCGAAAAAGACGGAGAAUCAUAUGGGCUAAGUCGCGAAGAAGCGUAUGUGAAUAAGGGCAAAGUACGACUUGUGACAAUGGAUUUAAUUAGUGGCCUAAUGUUGAAACAGCGAGGACGACGGCCAUAUUUAAUCUUGGCGUCAUGUUCAGAUAAAUCUGCACUGUUUCAAAGACAACAAGAGAGAAAGGAAGCGCAUAACGCGGAUAACGUAAAGAAACUAUCAAUGAUGCUGCCGCAAGAAAUAUCUACGUUACAAAUACUAUUAUCUGGACGGAUUAUAAUAACUGGGAUUCUAAAUGAAAUCAUUUUGGCGUUGCCGGAUGUGAAAGAUCAUAGUGAAUUUUUAUUGGCCUCGGAAUGUUCGCUUAAGGUUGACAGCGAAACCAAACAUGAUGAAGAUAAAGUACAUAAAGCUGCUAAUAAAUUCGGGACAAUGACUUUAAGUUCUUCUUCGUUUAGAGGUUAUGGUAAGAAAGUGGAAACAAACAACGGGGCAGGCGGCACCAGCAUGUACUCCUUGUACAAGUCGCAAGGCACCGGCGAAUACGUCAGCGAAGCAGAUGGACAGCUGUCCUUUCAGGACAAGAAUUCUAAAAGGUCUGAGCAUCGAGGAACAAUCCAAAAAGGCGAUAAGCAGUCGAAUGUCAACAAAAGUGUGGAUUUUACGAAGUACACCUCAUCCACUUGGAAAGGAGGAGUAGCGGUUGUGUAUGGUAGCACGAAAUCAUCGAAGUCAGUUACAUUCACGUCGCAAGACAUCGAGGACAUAGAUGAACAUGUGCCAGAUACGUCCGGACUGAUAAUCGAACCUCAACCCGAUAUUGAUCCAGCAGAAUAUACAAAAUCUGGCCGAUCAAUAAGUACGAAGAUCUGUUCGUAUUUACAUCCCGAGUUGGAUGCACAUGACUCUGAUAUAUGGCUCGCUUUCUUAGUCGAUGCAGGACUUCUACAAGCCAGUGAAAUAGCUUUGGAACCGUCGGAAUCAACACUUGGACAUGAGAAUAAAGACGAAUUGGACUAUUUGAUAAAACAAAUAGAACAUCACAAGAUACCAUCGGAAUCUUACACUACAAACAUCCGAGACGAUUACGAAGACAUUCAUAGAAAAAUACCAGGAUUGUUUUGGAACACUGUAUCGAUGGACAAUCCUGAUUUGGCAUUCAAAAAGAUGAAGAGAAUUAUUCAAGACAUUGUAAACUCACAGAAGGAACUUGGGCCAAUGUUUGAUACAGAUUUUAGUAAUAUGAAUCAUCCUAUAAUUCAGAACAGAUUAAAAGCAAUAUGCAGUCAAAUAGCACCUCGACAACUUUUCUUGUGAAAAUAAAAAUGAAAUAAAAUAUUUAUACAAGAAAAAGUAUUAGUUUUAUUUUAUAAUCUUUA